UCAGUUUCUUUUAGGGUCAGCUCUUUCUCGGUUGUUGGUGUGCAUAUUCUUCAAAUCCAGCUUCCCCAUAGGCGUUCAAAUUUCUAUAGCGCCAACAACAAAAUGAGGACGGUGUUGUCCCGACUACCUUGCUGUAUAAGCUUUCUUAUACUGGCCCUCUGUACGUCCAACAAUGGAGUUGUUGGCUCUAGAUUGUCCAGGCGUCACCAUGACACAGUGAGACACAUGAGUAUGGAGGUGGAAGAUUCUCCCUUUGACGAUUUCCCGUUCAGAAAUACCAGCUUGCCGUGGGACGAACGUGUGGAUGAUCUGGUGUCCAGGUUGACUCUGCAGGAGGUCAUGGUUCAGAUGUCCCGAGGUGGUGCUGGGGAUUUUGGAGGUCCCGCCCCGGCCAUACCCAGAUUGGGCAUUGGAGCCUACAACUGGGACACCGAAUGUCUGAGGGGAGACGCAGGAGCUGUGGAAAAUGCAACCGGUUUUCCUCAAGCUAUUGGUCUGGCAGCCACUUUUAGUCCGGACAUUAUCAUGAGCGUGGCCACCGCUACAGGCCAGGAGGUGAGAGCCAAACACAACGACUUUGUGAAACGAGGAAUCUUUGCCACCCACACCAGCGCUAGCUGCUUCAGUCCUGUGAUCAACAUCAUGAGAGACCCACGGUGGGGCAGGAACCAGGAGACAUAUGGAGAGGACCCUUUUAUGACUGGUGUUUUAGCACAAAACUUUGUCAGAGGUAUUCAAGGUCCUGGGACACAGUACAUCAUGACAAGUGCUGGCUGCAAACAUUUCGAUGCCUACGCCGGUCCUGAGAACAUACCCGUCACCAGAUUUGUUUUUGAUGCCCAGGUGUCAGACACAGACUGGAGAAUGACGUUUUUGCCAGCCUUCAAGAAAUGUGUGCAGGCUGGUACCUACAGCAUCAUGUGCAGCUACAACAGCGUAAACGGUGUCCCUGCCUGUGCGAGCAAACAGCUGCUGACUGACAUCCUACGUACUGAGUGGAACUUCAAGGGCUAUGUGGUCAGCGACCAAGGUGCCGUAGAAUGUGUCGGUGGGACGCACAAAUAUCUCAACGACAGCGUGGACAUUGCAGCAGCCUGUGUGAACGCGGGAACAAACCUGGAACUUUCUGGCAAUCAACCAACGCCGGUUUAUAUGUCGAUAUUGGACGCCAUUGACCAGGGCAAACUGACAGAAGAGUUGGUGAGGGAAAGAGUCAAGCCGCUGUUUUACACACGCAUGAGGCUCGGGGAGUUUGACCCGGAAGAGGACAACCCGUACGCCCAGCUGAGUAUGGAUCAGAUAGAAUCGGCCGAACAUCAAGUACUGGCCGUCACAGCCGCCAUGAAGUCUUUUGUGUUGUUGAAAAAUCAAGGAGGGAUUUUACCUUUGAAGAAAGGAGACUUCAGUAAAGUUGCUAUCAUAGGGCCAAUGGCUGAUAACGCACAACAAAUUUUCGGAGACUACGCCCCAAACCAGGACAGAUCUUUCACCCAAACGCCCCUGGACGGCCUGAGGUCUCUGUAUCCUGACAUCAAAUACGCAAAAGUGUGCAACGACGGCACACCGUGCACAGAGUACAACAAGGGCGCCGUGCCUGAUAUUGUGAGCGACAAAGAGCUCGUCUUUGUUGCUCUGGGCACAGGUCAAGCUGUAGAACGUGAGGGAAACGACAGGCCAGAUGUUGAGCUCGCUGGUCAGCAGAAGCAGCUUCUCCUGGACGUACUAGACAACAGUGGCUCUGCCCAGAUCAUCCUGCUUCUCUUCUCGGCCAGCCCUCUCAACAUUACAUUUGCCGACGAGUCUGACCGUGUGGCAGCCAUCAUGGAAUGUUUCUUUCCCGCUCAGGCCACAGGCGAGGCUCUGUAUAACGUACUGACCAACAAUGGCCAGUAUUCUUCCCCGGCAGGCAGACUGCCCAGCACUUGGCCCUUAGCCAGUUCUCAGAUUCCACCAAUGGUCAACUAUUCCAUGGAAGGGAGAACUUAUCGCUACUUUAAAGGAGAUCCGUUGUACCCGUUUGGCUAUGGCCUCUCCUACACCCAGUUCGUAUACUCCACUAUGACAUUACGUUGGGUAAAUGUCAACGCAGGGGGCGAUCUUGAACUGCAGCUGGCUGUCACAAAUGUUGGGCCUGUUGAUGGUGAUGAGGUGGUCCAGUGCUACAUCAGCUGGGCCGACACGACCUUGCCAGUCCCCCAGUUGCAGCUGGCUUACUUCACUCGUGUCUUCAUCCCAUCCCAGCAGACGAGGAUGUUGUCUAUAACCAUCUCUGGAGAGUCCAUGGCUUUCUGGCGAGAUGGUCAAUGGCUCGUUGAAGAUGGUGUGAUGUAUCUGUACUGCGGGGGUCAACAACCCAACCAGAAGAGGAAGGUGCCGUCCAACGUGCUCUCUACAUACUUCUAUAUCGUUGGCUCCAAAGUCAUGAACAUGUGGCUCCAAAGCCUAGAGCGCGCCGUGGCGGCCUACGGCCGCGGCCGCGCAGCGGCCAAGGAAGAACAGUGGACCAGCGCAUGGCAUCACACGACGCCCAAAAGUAGUUCCGGCCCCCCUCAAUGGAAGCAGCGAGUUCGAAUUGGACCGUCCCACGAUUCCAUCGACUCAAUGAAAGUCACAUGA